AUGAAAACUAUUAUUUUGCUGUUGGUGUUCUCCAUAACCGUGUCCAUGGUAUUUGGCAUUUCAGACAUUUGUCAACAACCACCCGGUGACCCAGGUCCCUGUCGUGCAUCAUCAAUCCGUUACACCUAUCUCUUGCAUGAACACAGGUGUGUUAAAUUUACCUAUGGCGGAUGUUUGGGAAAUGAGAACAAAUUCUUUACCAAGGAGGAGUGUGAAAGAACUUGUUGGAAUCCCAUACUGCCUAAAAAUGAAGAAGUAACUCAAGCCCCAGAAUCAACCGAAAUCCCGGAACUAAGUCUAAAUACUGAUGCCACACCUGCAGAUAUUGAAAGUACAUCAUAG